GUGGCGGGUAUUUGUCGUGCACGCUACAGAAGGGGUUUUGUCUUCAAGAUUCCCAGUCUCAAAAUGAUCGCGUUACAGCUAUGAAAAUUACCUAUCUUGAUGCAUCAAAAAAUACAAACGUUUUAACGCGUACCAACAAAAAGUAUGGGUCAAACACUCACCGAUUAAGACACAGAAGACGCAACUGGAGCUCUCAUACUUCUCGUUUAUCCCCAUGCAUCGAGGAAUCGUCUAAAGUUGAUUGUAUGGUAACCAAUUCGCUAGAUGGUUCUCCUGAACGCUUGUUAUCGAAUGUUCCAUCACUAGAAAGCAGCAGUUCGUGCAGUUUAAGCUCUUUUUAUGGGGUCUCUGCUCCAUUUAUCCACCCGUCCAUGCCUCCUGGUCCACCAACGUCACCAGUUCCAAGCCCACCGCCCACUCUUGUAACACCUAGUGCUGCUGUGGAAGCCCCAGCAAAUCCUGUUGGUGAGUCUCGACAACCCAACUCUGUCCCUAAUCUUCCUGCCGUACUCCGUAAUCGCUUUAGACGACGUCGAAAUGCUAUUUGUGAUUCCUCUGCUCUUGGACAGGGAUUAAAAGAUUUCUUCGCUUCCUACGUAGUUUCUAAUCUAACUGAUUCCAUGACAUCAUCACUAAGUUUGAAAUCAUCUGCAUGUCCUGUGUUUGAAUCCUCAUUACAACCCCAUGUUACUAACCCAGUUUCACAUUUGGCCCAUAGCGAUUGUGUCAUAUCCCCUGUGUGUUUGAUCGAUAGCGAGUCACAAUCUGACAGUCUGUGAUACUAAUUUAUCCUACCAAGUUUCAGUUAUCAUCAGACAGUACUUAGUUCAAUUUUUGUAGUUUCGUAAAAUAAUUUGAUAAAUUGCGUUAUUAGAUAAUUUUAUCUCAACCAUUGGCAUUUGUUUACCCUUAAGUAUGUAUGCAUACUUUACUUGUAUACGAGUCUUUCUGUACUCAUUGCUCAUUUCAUGUAAUUUUUUCUUAAAUAUGCUUAUAAUUUUCACUUAUCACCAGCUAAAAGCUGUGAUUUAUUAAAAAUGUCUUCAAAGUAUUAUGGUUUUACAUAGACUGUUUUUACAUCUCGGCUACUUAAGUAAAAAAUUUAAUUUCCUGUCAGAAUGGAUAUCAGUCAUUCUUUUAUUUUUGAAAAUUAAAUGUAAUUAAGUAGAAUUUCCAAGAUAAGUUCUUGAUCGUCAUUGACUUACAACGUUUCAAUGAACUUCAUUCAAGACGAUGUCGUUUCCACCAUCUGUCG